AAGUUUAGUUUCAUUUUAGCGUAGGCGGCCUUGCAUAUGCCGCACGACGCUUCUUGAAAGUAAGCACGUCCUCGUUCAAAUACUCGUCUCAACCCUUCAAUUCAAAGAGCGCGAAACGACUUUCAAAAAUGGCUUCUACUGGUCGCUUAGUCCAGCUCACAUCACUACUUCAAGAGAAGGUAAAGGAAGUCGACACUUACAUACGCGAAAAUAACCUCCCUGACCCCUCCUUCGACGCCUCAUACCCACCGGUUCUCCACCUCCCAAAGCAGCCUGAUGCAGCGCGACAAGCUGCCCUCGAAGCUUUAGACGAACUGCGCGCUCACCUUCUCGGGCCUGUCGGUACUAUAUACGAAAGUGUGCUAGAUCAUACUAGUCCCAUCAGCCUCCAUGCGAUAACGAGCUACGACAUCAUGAACGCAUUUCCCACCAACGCGACGAGCACAAUCCCCGAGAUCGCGGAGAAAUGCGGCAUGCAUCCAGACGACGCCACGACUAUGAUGCGCCACGGUCUCGCGCGGCGCUUAUUCCUCCAGAAAGAAGACGGGCGGAUCGCCCACUCCGCUUUGACCCGCGCAAUCGUUGACGUCCCAAACUUUUCCAGCUUCAUCACCGGCGCGCUAGACGACACGUGGGUCGCGGCUCCCUUUGUCGUGCCGGCUAUGCGGAAAUGGCCCGGCUCUCAGGAACCCAAUCAGACGGCGUUCAACCUAGCGCAGGGGACUGACUUACCAUUCUUUGAGGAGCUCGGCAAGAAAGCGGAGAGCUCUGGAGCUUUCGCAGACAGAAUGAGCUUCUUCAUGAGCAGUCCCGGUAUGAGUCUCGACUAUGCAAUCGAAGGAUAUACAUGGGCCGCGCACAAGGGCGGAACCAUCGUCGACGUCGGAGGCAGCCACGGCGUCGUCGCGCUCAAGCUCUCUGAGAAAUUCCCCGGUAUGCAAAUCACCGUCCAAGACCGCCCAGAGGUAGUCGCGCGAGCGCCGAAAUCGCUCACCGGCCAGGUGGAAUUCCAAGCGCAUGACUUUUUCACCGAGCAGCCCAUCAAGGGUGCAGAUGUAUACUUCUUCCGGUGGAUCUUCCAUGACUGGAGCGACAAGUAUUGCAUUGCUAUUCUGCGAGCGCUUAUUCCGGCACUGCGGACGGGGAGUAGAGUGCUGAUGAUGGAGGCUAUUGUGCCUGAGCCUGGUACGAUUAGUGGGUUUCAGGAGAGGCCGCUUAGGGCUUUCGACAUGGGUAUGAAGGAGCUGUUUAACUCGAAAGAGAGGAGUGAGGGAGAGUGGAGGAAGCUUUUGGGCGAUGCUGAUACGAGGUUUGAGGUCGUUGAUGUGCUCAGGCCGGAGGGGAGUCAGCUGGGCAUCAUCGUCGUGGAUUGGACAGGGUGAGGAAAGGCCGCCUGCACUUGCGUUCGGAACACAGGCCGCCUGGGGACUCCGGUAGUACGCUCAAACAUUAAAUGACGUUGUUUUCAAUAUCUGAAGGCCUUUAGGAUUAGCUUUCCAGGGCAGAAUUUAGGCAACCGAGUUCCCUUGAAGAAUUGUACCCAAGCCAGCUCACGCUCGCACACAUGAAAAGC